CUGGUCUUCUGUUUCAAGGAUUAUCUUAUACAUACCCAAACAAAGAGCUGCUCAGGUUGAAGAAGGGUAACACAUAAACAUACAGAGGUUAUUUCAUAUAUAGGUGAAGGUAAAAUGAUGAAUUUCUUCAAGAGAAAGAAGAAGAAGACAUACGGCGGCGCAGACAGGAAAGGAGGCAUAGUCAAAAGAUGGAGGGCCCUCAGUGGCAUGAACCAUUGGGAAGGUCUGUUAGAUCCUUUAGACCUUGAUCUACGCCGAUACAUUAUCCACUACGGAGAAAUGGCUCAAGCAACUUACGACAACUUCAACUCCGAGAAGGCAUCAAAGUAUGCAGGAAGUAGCAGAUAUGCAAAGAAAGACCUUUUCUCUAAGGUUGGGAUCGACAUGGGUAAUCCCUUCAAGUACAAGGCUACAAAAUACUUCUACGCAACAUCAUCAUCACUAUUACCCGAUGCCUUCAUCAUCAAGUCAUGGUCAAGAGAGGCAUGGAACAAGGAAUCAAACUGGAUGGGGUUUGUGGCUGUGGCUACAGAUGAGGGGAAACUGGCACUAGGCCGACGCGACAUCCUGAUCGCGUGGAGAGGAACCAUUCAGAAUCUUGAAUGGGUGAAUGACUUCCAGUUUGGGCUAGUCUCGGCCCCGGAAAUCUUAGGAGGCAAUGAUGACCCUAAGGUGCAUUUUGGCUGGCACUCAAUCUACACUUCAGAAGAUCAAAGAUCUCCAUUUAAUAAAUCUAGUGCUAGACAACAGGUUCUCAGUGAGGUGAGGAGAUUGGUAGAGCAGUACAAGAAUGAGGAGAUCAGUAUUAGCAUAACAGGGCACAGCUUGGGGGCAGCAGUCUCUACUCUAAAUGCAGUAGACAUAGUAGCCAAUGGAUACAACAGGCCCCAGGGCAUGCUCCACAAGGCUUGCCCUGUGACGGCCUUUGUAUUUGCCAGUCCCCGUGUUGGGGAUGACAACUUCCGCAAAUUCCUAUUAACUCUACAGAAUCUUCGGAUCCUACGUGUGAGAAAUGCCCUAGAUGUUGUGCCAACAUAUCCUCUGAUAGGGUACUCAGAGGUUGGGGAAGAGUUGGCCAUUAACACAGAUAAGUCAACCUACUUGAAGCCUGGGAAUCUGAGCAGCUGGCAUAACCUUGAAGCUUAUUUGCAUGGUGUUGCAGGGACACAAGGGAGUAAAGGAGGAUUCAGAUUGGAAGUGAACCGAGAUAUUGCCCUAGUUAACAAACAUUUGGAUGCGCUAAAGGAUGAACAUUGUGUUCCGGUUUCUUGGUGGUGUGAGAAGAACAAAGGCUUGGUGCAACAGGUAGAUGGAUCAUGGGAGUUAAUGGAUUACGAGCAAGAUGAUUUCUAAUUCAAUAAGGUAUUAAUGAUGACAAGAAACCUCAUGCAAACAACAAUAUGUGAAGGACUAACCCUAAAUUUGAAGAUCUACUCUCAAGUUCAAUAUCAGGGGGUAUUUAUGUUUCUUUAGGGGAAAAAGACAUAAAACAAAAAAAGAAGAGGUCUUGCGAGAUAUGAAAUAGUUGUUGUUCUCUAUUCAUAAUUCUCCACUGAGCUAUGGGUAUAGGGUACACGAUUCACAGUACAUAAUUACUUUGAAAGAAUAAAAUAUACAUGUUAAG